AUGUGUGUCAGAACAAACAUCAGGAAUUAUCAGACUCUUUUGACCUUUGUAUUUGCUAGCACUGAAAUAAACAAGAACCCCAAACUGUUGCCAAAUACUACUUUGGGCUUCCAUAUUGUAGACCCUUGUUUAACUGAAGCAAUGGCAAUGAAUGGAAUGAUUGACAUUUUCUCUGGAAAAGGGGUUCCCACUCCUAACUAUCGGUGUGGUCAUUCACCUAAGUUGGUGGCUUUUGUGGAUGGCAUAUCUUCUAAAGUGACUCUUCUUAUAGCCAGAGUGUUUGGAAUUUACAAAAUCCCGCAGAUAAGUUAUGCAUCCAUGGAUCCAGUAUUAAGUAAUAAAAAUCAGUUUCCACAUUUUUACCGCACUGUGCCAAAUGAAAUUGCCCAGUAUGACGCACUUGUAAAGCUAAUAAAACAUUUUUCCUGGACAUGGGUGGGUGUGUUGGUUUCAGACAAUGAAUCUGGCCUAAAAAUUAGCCAAAUUUUGCAGAAGGAAUUUGCACUCCAUGGAAUAUGUUUUGCUUUCCUUGAAUUUAUCCCAUACCAUGAUGGCUUGGAUUUUGUCAAGAGAAUGCAGAUUGCCAGAAGUCUGAGUAACUCAGCUGCCAAUGUUAUUAUUGCUUAUGGUGACAGAGACUACAUGCUUACUUUGCAGCUUAUAUUGUAUAUGUUUCCCAUAUCUGAAAAGGUGUGGAUCAUUUCCUCCCAGUGGGAUGUUGCCAGUGGAUUUGACUAUUAUUUUUUACAUUAUGAUACUUUCAAUGGCAGUUUGGCUUUUGCACUUCAUACUAGUUCCAUUCCUGGUUUUGAGGAUUUUUUAUUAACCUUAACUCCAGAUGAUUUUCCAAAUGAUAUCUUUAUUUAUGAUGCAUGGUGGGAACUGCACGGGUGUGUGUGGAAAACAAAUACAACAGAUAUCAAAUGCAAUGGCACAGAGGAAAUAAGGAAAGUAAAUGAAAAUGCGUACAAAGAUAUAUCAUUUUACAGUUACAACCAGCUGCAUAUUUUGAACUGUAUUGAUGGGAUAUUUUUCUCUAUUUAGAUGCACAAGUAUAUAAAGCAAAUUAGUAUUACAGGCAGUGAUGGAAAUGAGGUGCAUUUUGAUGAGAAUGGUGAUAUGCCUUCUGACUUUGACAUUUUAAAUUGGAUUGUCUACCCAAAUCAAACUCUUGAUGGCAUCAGAGUAGGAACAUAUUCACAGAAUUCUUCAUUCCCAGAACUAAGAAUUAAUGAAAGUCUAAUACAGUGGAGCCUAACUUUUAAUGAGACCCCACGUUCAGCUUGCAGUGAAACAUGUCACACUGGAUACAAGAAGAAACCUAAAGUGGGAUAUCCAGCUUGCUGCUAUGACUGUGUUCCCUGCCCAGAGGGUGAGAUAUCCAACCAGACAGGUAGAGACUCCUGUAUUAAAUGUCUAAUAAACCAAUGGCCUAAUUCAUACAGAAAUAUUUGCACUGACAAAGUCAUAACUUACUUAUCCUAUCAUGAGCCACUAGGUGCAUCACUAACUUCAUUAUCAGUUAUUUUUUUCGUGAUGACUUGUUUGGUUCUGAUGAUCUUUGCUAAAUACAGAAACACACCUGUUGUUAAAGCCAAUAACCGAGAUCUCAGCUACAUCCUCCUCAUCUCCCUAAAGAUUUGUUUUCUAUGUAAUUUGCUCUUCAUUGGCCAUCCUCUACAAGUGACCUGCAUUCUAAGACAAACAGUGUUUGGAGUCACCUUUUCAAUUGUUAUUUCUUCAGUUUUGGCUAAAACAGUAACUGUGGUUAUUGCCUUUAAUGCCACCAGACCCGGAAGCAAAUUGAGGAAUUAUUUGGGAACAAGAGUGUCUAAUUCCAUUGUAAUAUUCUGCCCUAUGAUGCAAGUGAUUAUAUGCACCAGCUGGUUAGUGUCCUUCCCUCCCUUUCCUUAUUAUAACAUGGAUGAUGUAGUUGGGAUGAUAGUAGCCGAGUGCCAUGAACAUUCAAGCUUUGGAUUUUACUGCAUCCUGGGAUUUAUGGGAUUAUUAGCAAUUCUUAGUUUUAUUAUUGCUUUCUUUGCUCGGACAUUGCCUGAUAUAUUUAACGAAGCCAAGUUUAUCACCUUCAGCAUGUUGCUGUUCUGCAGUGUAUGGAUCUCUUUUAUUCCAGCUUAUCUGAGCACUAAAGGCAAAUAUGUUGUGGCAGUGGAAAUAUUUGCUAUCUUGGCUUCUAGCUCUGGAAUUCUGAGCUGUAUCUUUAUUCCCAAGUGCUAUAUCACUCUUUUUAGAGCUGACCAGAACACGAUCAAACAAAUAAAUAAAACAAACUGUAAAAAUUCAAUU